GCCACGACGUCAGGCAUCUCCCCGGCCAGCUCGGGUCCUCCGCCGCGCGAGGCCCCCGCCGCCGCCCCGCCCCCGCGCUGAGGCCUGAGGACCGCAGCGCCCUGAGGAUCUCGGGGCCCAGCCCACUACUUCUAGGGGUGCUGGUCGGCUGUCCGCGAUGCCGCUCUACGAGGGCUUGGGGAGUGGUGGCGAGAAGACGGCAGUCGUCAUCGACUUGGGAGAGGCCUUCACCAAGUGUGGAUUUGCUGGAGAAACUGGGCCACGAUGUAUAAUUCCUAGUGUGAUAAAAAGAGCUGGUGUGCCUAAGCCGAUCAAAGUUGUUCAGUAUAAUAUCAAUACAGAAGAAUUAUAUUCCUACCUAAAGGAAUUCAUCCACAUACUGUAUUUCAGGCAUCUGUUGGUGAAUCCCCGAGACCGCCGGGUUGUGGUUAUUGAGUCGGUGUUAUGUCCUUCCCACUUCAGAGAGACCCUCACUCGUGUUCUUUUCAAAUAUUUUGAGGUUCCAUCUGUCUUACUUGCUCCAAGUCAUCUAAUGGCUCUUCUGACGCUUGGGAUUAAUUCUGCCAUGGUCCUGGAUUGUGGCUAUAGGGAAAGCUUGGUGUUGCCUAUAUAUGAAGGAAUCCCAGUUCUGAAUUGCUGGGGAGCACUCCCCUUAGGAGGAAAAGCUCUUCACAAGGAAUUGGAAACUCAGCUGUUGGAGCAGUGUGCUGUUGACACUGGAGUUGCUAAAGAACAGAGCCUUCCCUCUGUGAUGGGUUCAGUUCCAGAAAGUAUCUUAGAGGAUAUUAAAGUGCGUACUUGCUUUGUAAGUGAUCUGAAGCGUGGACUAAAAAUUCAAGCAGCAAAAUUUAAUAUUGAUGGGAAUAAUGAGCGUCCCGCUCCACCCCCAACUGUUGACUAUCCAUUAGAUGGAGAGAAGAUUUUACAUGUGCUUGGAUCAAUCCGCAGUUGCCACUUUAAUACUGGAUUCCCUUUUACAGUGCCCAAUAGACACCAGGAAGCAAUUAGCAGAAAAUUUGGUAAUCAUAGGUGGCACAUCUAUGUUGCCAGGAUUUCUCCACAGAUUGCUUGCAGAAAUAAGAUAUUUGGUAGAAAAACCAAAAUACAAAAAAACACUUGGGACCAAGACAUUCCGAAUUCAUACUCCACCUGCAAAGGCUAAUUGUGUGGCCUGGUUGGGAGGGGCUAUUUUUGGAGCAUUGCAAGAUAUACUUGGGAGCCGUUCAGUUUCAAAGGAAUAUUAUAACCAGACCGGCCGUAUACCUGAUUGGUGUUCUCUCAACAACCCACCUUUGGAAAUGAUGUUUGAUGUUGGGAAAGCUCAGCCACCUCUGAUGAAAAGAGCAUUUUCCACUGAGAAAUAGAUGUUAAAACUCAGCCUUGCUUGAUUUCAAAUAUUUAAUCAACUAUAAGUAAAUUGUACAAAGUAUAUAGAAUGCUUUACUGUAUAUUGAUGACUUUUGUGUAACUGAAAGCAUUUCUGUAUUUUUCUCCUUGCAUUCAUAUUUAAUUCAUCUAGCUUUGUCUCUUGUGUAGCAUGGUGAAGUAGCUGAUGCUUGUGACAUAUGAUGUAUUUAUAUCAAUAAAAUAUUAGUUAAGCAGUAUAA